GUUUGACUUUGACGUGAUUUUUGCUCUUCCACUUUUUCGGUGAAAAUUGUAUAGCCUUUUGACAAAGAAGUGUAAAAUUGAGCGUGGAAAAUUGCUGUGCUUCGAAAUUUAGUUAAACUUUAGGUUUUUUGUGUACGUUGAAUUGGAUUGAUUUUCGAUUUAGACGAAAAUGCCGGCAUUGAACGUGGGACACCUUGGUACUCCUGAACCACAUUAUAUUCCGGGUUACACUGGAUACUGCCCACAGUUUAUAUACCGGGUCGGAAACACUUAUUCUUCGCUCUCUCACAAGCUGUUAAUUGACCCUACCGUAGCUCAUGCGGAAAAAUUGGUGCUAUCCGAUCGCUCCACAGACGAAUAUCAGAUCUGUCGACCGUCUCAGAAGGAAAUAGAUGCCACAGGAGUCAUUAUUCCGAAGCACGAAGACGAGGAUAUUCGGGAUACGAUUUACCGCAAACCAUUGAUGCCCGGAUAUGAGGGUUAUAUACCAAGGACGCAGAGCAAAUUUGGACGCCGUUACGCUGUUGUAACAAGUGAGGGACUGGAUGAAUUUGAGCGAGACCGACUGCAAACAAGAGCUCAAAUGAAAAAGCUGAGACAUCGGACCGCGCAACCCAUUUCCACUAUCUCGGAUUAUAGCUUGGGUGAUAGAAUGAAGUUCCACAAAAGUGAUUACCGUUUCCCGCUCGAAGCCACCAGACCAGAAGCGGCGGGUAUGGUGAGAAAAGUGCCUAUCGAGAAUCUACCACCGUUACCAAGUCUUCCUUACACUCAUCAUGACCCACCCCACUUUAUGGAGAUUGGAAACUGCGAAAAGUAUUUUAAACUAGGUUACACCGGACAUAAGCCAUUCCUAUGGCCAAGAUUCGGUGAAUCGAACAUACCGCUGUCGAAGAAAGCGUUGUGUGACUUCACCAACAGCUAUCAGCACCGGAGAUGCACCGAAUGGAUACCAAUUACACCGGCAGGAACUGGUACCUGUCAACCGACGGAUGCUGUCAAUGGAAUCUACAUGAAGAAUGUGGGGCUGAUACCCCGCUACAUGGGACACGUACCGGGAGCUAUGUUCAGAUUCGGGAAGACUUAUGGUAACGAUAGCAGGGACGCCAAAAGGUGCUUGAAAAAGUGUUACGAAGACUAGAAGAUGAACAAAAUGAAUGGAUUUCGAAGAAAGAAUAACAUAAUUGUCAUAGUCAAUUCAAUAUAAUACGGUAUAAAUUCUCCCUGAUAGCAAAAAUAGAGUAUAUUCCAUAGCCCGGUUGCAACAAACAGUUCGAGAACUGUAUUGUGUUACAGCUUAAACCGUUUGAGCUGCUAGAUGAGGUUUGAUCUCAUUUCCCAUCGGCUAUCUUCAACAUUUCAUCCACAUUGACAAUCUUUUCUUUUAACUUACCUUUUUCUGUACCCCUCCGAAUCUCCUCCUCGUCGAUUGCUUUCCAGCCAGCCCAACUAACUGUCCGUUUUCCCCUCAAAUCCAGCCCAGAUCUGUUUUCAUUCGCACGAAUUAUGUUAUUUUGGAAAUCUUUACAUAUCACAUCCGCAACACCAAAAGAAUUAUUCAUUGUGGUGAGGAUCACUCCGGUGGGACCAGUCGCCAACCAUCCCGAAGAAUAAAGUCCAUUCUCAAAGUUG